AUGCGCGUCACCACCCCCGCAGACGCCCUGCUGGGCCUCCUCACGCUCCUCCUGCUCCCCGCCGCCGCAUCCGCCGCCUCGCUGACGCUGUACCUCCCCGCGAAGCCGAACCCCUUCUCGCUGCCGGCGACGACGCACGCAACGCUGAGCUCCCUGGGCUCGCAGUUCUCGGCGCCGCUGUCCGCCGCCAACACGUUCGUCUUCCACAACGUCACCGCCGGCUCGUACCUCGUCGACGUGCACUGCCAGACGGACGCGUUCCACCCGCUGCGCAUCGACGUUGCCACCGACGACAAGGCCCCCAUCCAGGCUUGGGAGACGUACCGCGGGAACGACUGGGCGAACAAGGGCGAGGUUGUGGCGGUGCGCGAGGGGAGUGCGGGGAGGGGCGUUGAGGUUCGAGCGCUGGGAUCCAAGUCUUACUUCAUGGAGAGGCCAACCUUCUCCGUCCUUACUAUCCUUAAGAACCCCAUGAUCCUCAUGGGUCUCGUUAGCAUGGGUAUCUUCAUCGGCAUGCCCUAUCUGAUGGAGAACAUGGACCCCGAGAUGCGCGCCGAAUUCGAAGCCCAACAGAAGUCGGGCCCCAUGAGCACCAUGAUGGGCGGCGGCCAGGGUGGCGCCGACAACAACCCGCUUGGCAACUUCGACAUGGCCGCUUACCUGGCCGGGUCGGGCAAGAAGGACACCGGGAGCGGGAGUGGAAGCGCCAGCGCCAGCACCGGAAAGGGCCAGGGUGUGAGGAGGUGA